AUGAUGCAGGAUGGGGAAUUUCUCCGCACCUCUUGCGGUUCGCCUAAUUAUGCCGCGCCAGAAGUGAUUUCCGGCAAACUGUAUGCCGGUCCGGAAGUCGAUGUCUGGUCAUGUGGGGUCAUCUUAUACGCUUUGCUAUGUGGUACGCUGCCAUUUGAUGAUGAACACAUUCCCACGCUCUUCAAAAAGAUCAAGGCCGGCUAUUUCCACAUGCCGGAAUCGUUAAGCACGGAGGUGCGUGAUUUGUUGCGUCGAAUGAUCACCGUGGAUCCUAUCAAACGAGCAACCAUUGAGGAAAUUCGUCGUCACCCGUGGUUUAUUGAAGAUCUGCCUAAUCACCUGUUUCCUCAAGAAAGGGAUGAAGAUGCCUCAAUUAUUGAUAAAGAAGCCGUAUUCGAAGUGUGUCAAGCAUGCAACGUUUCCGAACGUGAAGUGUUUGCCGCUCUGUUGAAUAACGAUCCGAGUGAUCAGCUGUGUGUGGCCUAUCACCUAAUUAUUGACAAUAAGUAA